GGAGGCAAGGCCGUGUGUGCUCCUGUUAGAGCGCUCAGCCCAGCUGCUGGCAGCAGGACAUGCGCAUUGCAGGGCGCCCUCUCACCCCGCUCAGCUAUGCCAAGUAUGUGAGUAGCCGCCGCCAAAGAGGAGAAGAGCGAGACGCGUCGCGCACACGGACCAGCCAGACCAUGGGGCGCUCCUGCCAGCCGGGCUCCGGACUGCUGCUCUUGUCGCUGCCGCCGCCUUCUUCAGGAGGCCACUCAGCAGCACCCUCCUGCUCGAGGGCGGCCGCCGCCGCAACUAACUGAAGCAGGCGAGGACUCGGCAACAACCAGGCAGGCAUGGCUGACCCUCUGCGCAGGACUCUCUCCAAGCUGCGGGGCAGGCGGUCGCAGCGAGGGGCAGUAGGCACAGGAGAAGCCGCCGGGUACCCUAACGAAGGCGGCGGCGGCGGUAGUAGCAGCAGCAGCUCCCUUCGAUGUAAAGCUCAGCAGGGUCUCCAGCACCAAAGAAGCGGAGCGACGGAGAGCCAAGCGGACGGCUGCGAAGUCCUCGUGUCCCUUCUGGAGGAGCCGAGGCUCCGGGAGUCGGCGACUUGGUGCCGGCAGGGGAAGACGGUGGUGCCUGGGGAAGACUUGACCGGAACCCCCCUAGCCCGCCGUUGCCCCCCGAGAAGCCGCGCGCAAGCGACGCUGCCUCAGCCGUCUAGCCCCCCGGCGCUCCGUGCGCCUCCGCCUGCCGAGCUAUGCUUCUCCUCCUCCUUUCUCCCGAGAGGCGCUGACUGUGGGUCUCCCCUGGAGCGGGGCGGCGGGAGUGAGGAAGAGGAUUACUAUGAUAACCAGAGCCUGCCCGGCUGGGGCUGCCAAGGCGUAUCCGGAGCGCGGGGAAACAGCGAGGGCAGCGUGGCCACCGUCGGAGGUAGCAGCAACAGGGCCGGGGCACGGGAGAACACCGGCAGACUGCGAAGCCAGCUGCAGGAGGCCUAUUACCUGUUGAUUCACGCCAUGCACGACCUGCCUCCCGCCAGCCCCAGCUUCGGGGCCCGCUCUCCUCCACCACCUUCCUAUCCUCCCUUCUCCAGGGCUGGCGAGAGCAACGAUGCUCCAAGCUGCUUUUUCUCCUGCGGGGACGGCUGCUCUUCGCUGCAGGUGUCCGAUCCCGCUUCCCAAGCCUCCACCAGUAGUCCCGCCUGGCGGCGCCAGGGUCUCAGCAAGAGUCUGGAGAGCCUCCUCCUUGGCCAGCCUCCCUUGCCCAAGUCGCCGUCCCUGCGGAGGUGCCGGAGCGACAGCGGGCUCGGAUCCUUGCUCCAAGAGCCUCUGGCGCCUCGGGGCCAUCUGCUGCAGCGGCGGCCGCCUGGCACAAGGCGGGAAGCCUGUUUCCUCGCAGCUGCCGCCGGCCGCUCUGGCAACAACAGCUGCGAGCAGAGCCUCGGCGGCCAAAGUGCGUGCGAGGUGCAUCCGUCGGCGCUCGGGCACGACGUGGGGCAACUGCUGCUCCCGAAGUUUGGCUCCGAGCUGAGCGCCGCCCUAAGCGAGGCCGUGGUGCUUCGGGGCAGCGUGGAUACUGCAGCGGCGUGCGGCGAGAGCAGUCGCCACCAUCCCCGAGUCGUUGCCCACGAGAGCCCCUUCAAGCCGCCUGCGGUGACGGUUAGGAAGCUGCAGAAGUGGAUGUACAAAGGACGCCUGCUUUCCCUGGGCAUGAAAGGCCGCGGUGGGGCAGCUGGAACUUCCUCCUCUUCUUCCCCCGUAAAGACCCCCGGGCCCUGUGGGACAUCUCUUGGCCGAGAAGAAGGGCCAGCAACUCCGCCCCCUGUCCCCCUGAGAGGGCAAGGCAGCAAGGCCUUCGUCUCCCCUUCAGACCAAAGAAUCUUGUUGACAGAUUUGAUUGAAAAUGUUUACAUACCUUCAAUGAGCAGAAGAGAACUUAAGAACUUUAAAUCCACUGAAGUUGCUGAAUGCAGAUCUCGGAUUGCUAGCAUCACGGUGUCCAAGAAACGUAACUGGUUACAUCAGAGUUCUCCAAGGGUACCUAAUUUGGAAAAAGGAAACUUUUAUAAGAAAAUUUCAGGAGAAAUUCACCAGGUAUUCAAAUCUCCCGGUCCCAUGCCUGAGCCUAAGAUGCCCCAGACGUUUUCCAAACUUCUAGGUCAUGAAAGCCCUAACAGAAGUGUCAGUUCUGUACAUGCUGCUGAGAAUAGGAUGAGGCCUUUGGCACUGCGAAACUGUACUUUAGAUUUUGGUGAAGAUAAUGAUGCAGAUGAUGAAGGAGAAAUAUGGUACAAUCCCAUCCCUGAAGAUGAUGAGCCUGACUUCCCUUGUUUCAUUGGUGGUAAUGCUGAUCACUCAGACUCUCAAGCCAUGAGUUACAAGAUAUCCUCUGGAAAUGAUGUGGUUAAAGUCAUAGGGCAUAAUGAAGGCCUUCCACACUCUUCAGAUUCUAUUGGAGAUGCUCAGCCCAGGGAAAUUAGUCAAUCAGAUUGUGUGCAUUCUAUGGAGCAUUUGCAAGUGCACAAACCAAAGUCUGCAUGCAGUAUUCUGACGGGGCUUGCAGUGGAGGAUAGUCUUACAAUAAAAGGUACUUCAGGAGGACCUGGAAUCUUAUCUGCAAGCAAGCCUGAGACUGGAACAGUAGAAUGUUCUCCUCCAAGUCCUAACCCUUUGAAGAAAGGUGGUUCAAUAAACUGGUCUUUCCCUGAUAAAAUAAAAUCCCCGAGAACAGUGAGGAAACUUUCCAUCAAAAUGAAAAAAUUGCCAGAGCUCAGCAGGAAGCUGAGUGUCAAAGGAAAUUCAAGCCAUAGUAGCUCAGAUAAUUCUUCCAUGCUUAAAAAUAAUUGCCAGGAUAUAGGCCACGCAUCAUUACCCUCUUCUGGGAACAUAACAGCAGCUGCUAGCAGGAAUGUUAUAAGCCGGUAUCAUCUCGAUAGCAGUGUGUCCUCUCAACACAACUACAAAAAGAAAAACAAUGGGAGUUCUAAAUCCUCCAGCAAAGGGGGCUACCUCAGUGAUGGAGACUCUCCCGAGCUUAUAACAAAAUCAGGGAAACAUGCAGCUGAAAGCAGGGCUGGGAAAGGAAAGGAAGUAUUCCCAAGCAACAAUGGUAGUAAAACAGAAAUAGACAUUGAUGCUUUCAGACACUACAGCUUUUCUGACCAACCCAAAUGUUCCCAGUACAUAUCUGGGCUCAUGAGCAUUCACUUUUAUGGUGCUGAGGAUUUGAAACCUCCUCGGAUGGACUCAAAAGAUGUCUUCUGUGCAAUUCAGGUAGAUUCGGUAAAUAAAGCAAGGACUGCCUUGCUGACAUGCAGAACAACUUUUUUGGACAUGGAUCACACUUUCAACAUAGAAAUAGAAAAUGCCCAACAUUUAAAAUUAGUGGUCUUCAGUUGGGAGCCCACACCAAGGAAAAACCGGGUCUGCUGCCAUGGGACAGUGGUUCUCCCUGCUCUUUUUCGAGUAACAAAGACUCAUCAGUUGGCAGUAAAGCUGGAACCUAGAGGGCUUAUUUAUGUCAAGCUGACUCUUCUGGAACAGUGGGAGAACUCUCUUAAUGGACUAGAUGGAGAACGAGAGCCAGUAAUGUUUGGAGUAGAUGCUCGGAAAGUUGUUGAGAAAGAAAAUGUAGGCUUAAUGGUUCCCCUCUUGAUGAAGAAAUGCAUUGUGGAGAUUGAAAAAAGAGGCUGCCAGGUUGUAGGCCUGUACCGUUUAUGUGGCUCUGCAGCCGUCAAGAAAGAGCUCCGGGAGGCAUUUGAGAAGGAUAGCAAAGUGGUCACUCUCUGUGAAACCCAGUACCCGGAUAUAAAUGUGAUUACAGGUGUCCUCAAGGAUUAUUUAAGAGAGCUGCCUUGUCCCUUGAUAACCAAACAACUGUAUGAAGCAGUAUUGGAUGCUAUGGUAAAAAGACCAUUGAAAAUGACCGCAUAUGGAUGUGAGAAUGACCCUAGUGAUUCUGAGCAUACAGUGGCUCUCUUGGAUUGCCUGCCAGAAGUUGAGAAAGCAACUCUAAGGAUGCUGUUGGACCAUCUGAAAUUGGUGGCUUCAUACCAUGAAGUCAACAGAAUGACAUGCCAGAACCUAGCAGUGUGUUUUGGGCCUGUGUUGCUGAGCCAGCGGCAGGAAACCACCAAUCAUAACAACAGAGUUUUCACUGAUUCAGAAGAGCUUGCCAGUGCCUUGGAUUUCAAAAAACACAUAGAAGUUCUACAUUACCUACUCCAGCUAUGGCCAGUGCAACAUUCAACUGCCAAAGAUUCUUCAUUGCCUGGGCAGCAAUCCUCUGUGAACUAUCUGAGACCUAAGAAGCAGCGACCUCAAAUGUUGAACUUGAGCAGUACCGAAAUGUCAGGGAUUCUAAGGUCUAGGCCAGCCAGACUGGAUAGUCCAAGUAACCGCUAUGCUGGAGACUGGAGUGGUUGUGGAGAGAACUACUUCGUAAAUCCCAAAGAGGCUCUAAAUGAAGCAGACUAUGAUGAUGUACCUUCAGAAGAUGCAGAAAGUGGGGAUGAUGGCAGCAAAGUGAAUAGUUCAGAUAAGCUGAUUGAACAAACCAACUGCAUGUCCAAAGAACACACAUUUCAAGCCUAUUUGACAAUGCAAACAAUGGAGUCUGCAGUGAACCACAAAGUCAACCUCAAAGACCUUCAGGAAAGCAUUGAUACUCUGAUAGGAAACCUGGAACGGGAACUCAAUAAAAACAAGCUCAGUAUCAGUUAUUAAUAACUUCCCUGCACAACCCCUUCUCUUGGUAUGUCUUUUUCUUGGUUUCUUUCCCAAUAAGCGGGGGUGGGGGGGGGAAAGCAACCUUACUUGGAGAGCUGAUACUUUAUUUGCAUUGUGUCAUGGUGGUGAUCCUUCAUAGGGUAAGUGCAUUCACAUUACACAGGCUGUUGUUUAUCUUGUUCAUUUCCCUUCUUCUCAUUUGUAGAAGGUAUUGUUCCGACCCUCUGGGUUUCAAAUGAUAGGGUAUGUUUUGUGAACUGAUUCUAGAAUUUCCCCUCCUGCCCUUUGAGAUACUAUGCACUUAAGAAGUUUGGACAAUGUAUGGAAGAUAUGCAAGGAAUCAUCUUGUGUCUACAUUACACAGGAACAGCACUCCUUGUUCCUGAAACCUUAGCCCUGGUACAGAUAUUCUCCCGGAAGGGAGGACUAAUGUUGCUGUGUACAUGAUAAUUUGCAGCACAAACUGUAAGUAGAUCAUGUUCUAUGGUAUUUUGACACCUUUUCACUUGCAAUGCAAAAGCUGCUAUGAAAAGAAUGCUUUUCGUUAUAUAUGAAUGAUAUAGAUAUUGUACACAACAUUUAUGUAUUCCUGUAUUAACACUUUCCAGCGAUUAUUUAAAACUGCAAAAAUUAAAUAUUUUUCUAACUUUUGUUUUGUACAUAUGUAUAUAUUAAAGAACAUUGGGCUUGAUCCAGUUCACCACAGGUACAGCACUUUUGCAUGGUGGGGACUCUCCUUGUUUCCCACCUUCUUCUGCAGAGUAUAUGCAUAGCUGUAUGCACAGGCAUCACACUAGGCCAUUAUGCAGAAUAGGCGGCCUUUGCACAUCUCCUCUAUUCAGCCUCCCCACCCCACCUCCACUUGGUCAAGGAAUGUGAGUCUUGGGGUGAAGUGAGGAUAGGUUUCUUUUAUAUUCUAUAGCAGGACUGCACAACGUCUUCGGCUCUCCAGUUGUUGGAAUACAACUCACACCAUCCCCAGCGACAGUGGCCAAUAGUCAGGAGUCAUAGUCCAACAACAGUUGGAGGGCUAAAGCUAUGCAGCCGGCUCCAUGAGAAUUCAUUUGUAUUCAGGCACGCAGACUUGGUGGGUCUGGACUCAGCCCUUUGUGCACAGGUAUUUUGGGAAACGGUCUUAUUAUAUUUGAAUAAGAUCACUACUUCUGAAAGAGACCAGCAUUUUGUGAUGCCAAAAUGAAGCCUAUGAUCGGUGAAUGGUGCCUGAUAGGAGCUUGAGGGCCACAGCAAAUGUUCGGAUUUCCUUAAAGUGUGCAAAAUAAUAAAUUGCCCAAAUAAUAUGAUAUACUUGCCUGCUACUAUUUAGCCAUUUGUGCAAUUUCCUGAAUGAGACAACAAAUGAGAGUUUGAGCUCUGGAGAGAGGAUUAUUUACUAGGGUCCACAGUCAUACACCCAGGUUGCUUUAGAAUAGGCAGUGUAAGUUAAAAUUUAUUUAGAAUGGAUGUUGCCCCCAAAUACACAUACUUGUAACCUGUCCAAAGAUCAGCCAGAUGCUAAGAAUGGGCCAAGAAAUAAUUCAUGCACGAUCAUUUCCUUGGCUGUGUUAGUGACAUAAGUUCGGAAUAGGUAGACAUUUGUGCAGAACAUUAAAUAGGCUGAAUUUGAGGACUGGUUUGCUCUCUGUUUGAGUUCUCAAGCCAUACUCCCAACACGAUGGGCCUAAUUUUAGGGCACAGAUCCCAAUGCUGAACACUGUUUGGGAGGACUGCAUAUGCAUGGUCCUGACUCUUUGUCAUCAUUUAUGCCUUAUUCUGUUUUUCCUGUACCAAGACUAUCAUGCUAAUCAGGCUGUUAAAUUCAAAUUUUCCCUGUUGUUGGGAAUGUGGUCACUGUGGACAUUGCUCCCCUGUCUCAUGAUGUAGAGGGAGCCACAGUGUACUGAGCUGCAGAAGAUUUUAAAGGAGGUAAUUGUGAUGAUCAGGUCAGGCAAAAUUACCACAUUUUGGGAGAAAACAACAAAUAAUUGCACUAGUGUAGCCCCUCCCCUUUGCCCAUGGCUGUAUUCUACAGGUUUUGGCAGCAUGAGACUAGGCAUAUUUUUUUUCUGAAGUAAGAGUUCAGUGUGAUUUACUCAUUAGUAAGUGUGCUUAGGAUUGCAGUCUUAGUCUUACAGCUACAUCAUGUGUUCACGUGUUCAAAGGUAGCUGGGUUAGGAUUAUGGGGGACGGGAAACAUGAAAGCUGAGAUAGAUGAAGUCAUAGGGCUUGUUUCCAAACUGGUCUUGUGCAUGUUGUGCAAAAAGGGGUGUGUGGGAGAAAAUGCCCCUACUCUCGUGCUGUGGAAUUUGCCUUAUGGCCAAGCUUAUUCACAUGCACAUCUUACCCCAAGUAAUUCCUCUGUCUUGAAAAAUGAGAGCACAGAUUGUAUGGCUACAGUGAACACGUCUAGGGAUACAGGCAUUUACGUGUCCACUCAGAGCACACGUUUGGCAUGGGAGAGAGGAGUGUGUGCAGGCCGAAGUGUCCUAUGCCUUGCUGUACGUAGAUUCCACAAGCUGGUCUGGUGUGUGACCUGGCUCUUGAUCUACACAAAAAUGGCUUGAAGCGGGCCACAUAAGUAGCUCAGGGUCCCGCUUCAAUACUAAAUUGCAUAGCUUUGUGUUUCUAGUGCAGACCGAGAGGAUAUAGGAAAAAAGACUCUUCUGGUUUAAGUAGGAUUUUUCAGAUUUUCUUAACAGAUCAGCCGGACCCCUUUUCAAAUACUGACAAACAAUAUGGUUAGAGUGCCUUCUAAAAAUAAUGUAUCUGAAGGCUUGAAAACAAAAUUAUUGUUCACAUAUUUUUCUUUCUUUAAUACCAGCAAUAUUAAUGCUUUUAAUAGUAAGAAUAUUAAUUUACUGUUUUCUUGCCAGUCUUAAAUGAGUACAGUAUUGGCAGAUCCUUAACCCUGCCCUUUGAAGGGUGAAUGUGAUAAACCCUUUUAAAAUUUACUUUCUGAUGUUUGUUUGAUAUCCUAGUAGUUAACCAAAGCAAACACAAGUCUUAUGCAAGUCUAAACGAAAACUGUUCCUGUCCCCUAUCUAGCAAUAAGACCCAAGCAAUAAGAAUUAUGCAACCAGUGCCUCAUAAAAGACAAGGAUUGAGUCUGUAAUGUAGAUGAGUAUGCCUUUAAAACAGAAAUCCUUUGAAAAUGUAAGUAACAAAGGGGCUAGUUAUCUUUUAAAGAAUAUUUUGGAUGUCGUGUAUGUAGCCUACACUAUAGGACUUAAUUUUCUUGCGCUAGUACAUUAUCAGUCCCUGAAUUUUCCUAUGGAUGUGGUGUAAGUGCUAUUUAAUUUGUCUGUGCCCCCUAUAUAUUGUCUGAUUGUUUUUAUUAUUGUUGUUGUUAUUGUUAUUAUUAUUAAUAGUUAUUUAUUUACAAUAGGAUGACUGAAUUUGGUGCACAAUUUUUGCAGCAUAUUUUUUUCUAAAGAAAUCUCAGCAUUUUAUCCUGUCUCCAUUUAUUAAUUUAUUGUUGUUAGUGUGGCAAUAUAUAAUACAAUCAUUGCAAUACAAUAACUAUGGUACUGUUUGAAAACAUAAAUUUUAACCUGAAGCAUUUAUUGACACGUCAGUGUAUUUUUUUUUAAAGUAUAUGUACAGGAAGUGGAUUAUUUUUGAACUAUAAAUGUUAAUUCUGAAUAAAAUCUGAGUUGAAUAAAAUUGAUUGUAUUUUGUA